AUCAAACCUCAUCAUAAAAAGAGAGAGAGAGAAAAAAAAAAUAAAAAAGCUGAAACGACGUAUGGCAGCGAAAACUUUACGGCUAGGCUGAAGAUUUCGGACCCAGCACCUAGCACCACUGUUUAGCGAACUGUACAACACAAAGGAAUCUGAGAUACCCGCGUCGAUGGGGAGGCAAUAACCAGGAUCCAAGGCCUGUUACGCCACGAACAGCUCGCUGAGUCGAAGACAAAAAAAUGUCCCUCUUUUAGAGUAAAUGCGGAAUUCUGAUAUAAUAUUUUUCGAAAAUUAUAAUACAGAUUUCAAUUGGAAGUAGAAUAUCUAUAGAAGAAUAUUUUCCUUGUGUUUUCCAUGAGUAUAUCAUUAUCUUGUAAUCAAAAGUGAUACGGGCUUGCCAAACAAAAGAGCACACAUUCAUCUCGGCUUAUAGGAUAAUUGGCUGUUAAAGUCUACUGUUUGUUUAAUCUCUCUAAAAGAAAAGCAAGUUUUUUGUCUGAAAUCACAAGUUUAUAUCAUGAAAAAGAGAUUUCUAACUUAAGCACAGUGCUAGAGCUUGAAAAAAAAUAGGAUAUUACGGGUGUUAUAUUUAAAUUUAAAUUUAUAUAACCAAUUAAAAAGUAUAGUAUAAUUGCCAAUUUCGGAUGGGUUUCAGGAGCUGUUAAUAGAUAAUCUAGUUGUAUGGAUCUAUGACUCUACUUUGGAGUUUGUAAGAUCGUUACGAAGAUUUGUUUUCUUAAAGGGGGAAAUGAUGAACAGUCACGCAAUUGUCCUUAGCUUCUUGCCCAUAGCUUGGAAUAUCGUGACAGUGCUAUCCGCAGGAGCUGGACUUGAGACAUGCCCAGUUAAAGUUGAGAAGAUCGGUUGUUUCCGGGACACCCUUAACCCCAGGCCGUUACCGAUUCAACUGAUCAACGACCGCGAUCCAUCCUCAAAAGUGUUCAGCGGUAUACUUAUAGACUGGUACCAUAUGGAGAAGUAUUUGAUGGACUUCUCGUGCCGGUGCGCGAAGGCCGCAAAGGCUCAUGGCUAUACCCACUAUGGGCUGCAGUUCUACGGUGAAUGUUGGAGUGGGCUCCUGGGUGAAGCUCAGUUUGGGAUGUACGGACCUUCUGAUAAUUGCCUGAUGAAGCUGACCUUCCCCAUCACGCCUUGCAACAGGACCUCCCCGCUUGACUGCGUUGGUGGACCGGAAACCAAUUAUAUCUACAGGAUUGGUGAUGUUCGUGAAACAGUGGAUGGCAAGUGGUCCCCAUGGGGACCCUGGACGAAAUGUAGCAAAUCGUGUGGGACUGGAUUCAAGUCACGUGAGAGGACCUGCACUAAUCCCGUCCCAGAGAAUGGCGGGAAAAAAUGCAAGGGGCCUGCGGAGCAGAGUACCGAGUGCAACAUGGGAAAGUGCCCAACUCCUUGCCGCCAUGAUAUUGACCUUGGUAUUGCCCUGGACUCGUCCGGGAGUAUUGGCCACUCAGUGUACGAUGUCGCCAAGGACUUCCUGGUGAAACUAGUGGCUAAUACCCAGGGGGCGUUCAAGGACUCAAAGUUUGGUAUCAUUGUGUACAACCACGAGCCGAAUUUGCUGAUGCGCUUCAGCCAGAACUCUUCUCAGACCCUUGGUCACGUCACCCAUCUCAUCUGGGACAUGGCUUAUAUGCGUAAGGGUACCCGCACGGAUAAGGCGCUUCAAUUGGCAGCCGAGGAACUAUAUAGCGCCAGGGGUGGUGACAGGAGAGGCGUGGCUAACGUGCUUCUAGUGAUAACUGACGGACGGACCAGCAGGCUCAGUUCGCCUUACCAAGAUGUGUUGGCGCCACUCAAGGCACGUGAUGUGCACGUGAUAGCAAUUGGAGUCGGAGAUGCAGUGAAGGAACCCGAGCUAUUGCAAAUUGCCAUGGAAACCAAAAAUCACGUGUUCACCGUAAAUGACUACAUCGAUUUGCAUCAGAAGCUUAGUGAUAUCGUGGACCGAGUUUGCGAGGCGGGAGCCAAUCAAUUGCAAUAGGCAGUAGAAUAGGCAGAAGAAAGCCACAACAUUUAUAAUAUGUGUUAUGAUCAACUUAAAAGCGUUUGCUGAGUAGCUACAUGUAUAUUCAAAGCUCCAAUAAACGGGAUAUAUCCGUA